UCCUUCCUGUUGAUAGAUCCCUUUCCGUGUUAUCGUACCCCCUUUCAGCUAAACAUCUGGAUAUCCUUGUUUUUAGAAAGGAUUGGCGGCUUCGGUUUUAAGGCUUGAGAAGAAACCGUGCGGACUUCCUCUGCUGGUCAGUGAAGUGCUGCUCGGCGAUGACGCGGGAUCUCUGAGCUCCCUGCUGGUCUUCACACUGCUAGUUUUCAGACUUCAGACUGCUGGUCUUCAGACUUCAGACUGCUGGUCUGAGGGUGUCUCACUGUACAGAAUUAUGUCCAAAAACAAGAGCUCCGCCAAAACCCUCCUCAUCGUAGAUGGGGACGACGAGGUCCAGGAGGCUGAGCUCAACCCCUUCUCUUUCAGAGAGUUCGUCCGCCACCAUGGACCCGGGCCGGGCUCCGAGGAGACGAGCGGCUCCUACAGGAGGAAGGUGCAUGACACCACCAGCAGCCAGAGCAGAACGCCAACCUUUGCCCCGGCGAUGGAAAGCAGUUUCUUCUGGGAGCCCCUUCGCAGUGUGCUGAGGGCCCAGGAGGAUGAGGAGGGAGGGGCAGAGUCUGGACUGGCUGCUGCUGCUGCUGCUGAGGAAGAGGAAGAGGGGAACAGGAGCUCCUCUCUCUGGCUUCCAGACGAAGACCAAGAAGUAGAAGAAGAAGAAGAAGAAGAAGCUAAGGAGAUAAGCAGGACUGGAGGAAGAGGAGGGGAAGAUUAUGAAGGAGAUGAUGAAACUACCAUAUUGGAGACGCCAAACUCUCUCAGCAGAAAGAGUUCAAUGCAGCAGCUCCAAGAAGAGAACAUGGUUCUGAGGAGGAGCGUCAGCGAUCUCCACAAGUCGUCCAGCGCCUAUAAAGAAAGGAUCCAGCAGCUGUCGGAGGAGCUAAUCCGCCGAGGGCACGAGGAGGAGAAGGAGGCGCAGGCCCUGGAGAGCAUGGUCCACUCGGUGGAGCAGAACCUCCAGCUCAUGACCAAGCGAGCUGUGAAGGCAGAGAGCGGCGUUUCCAAACUAAAGCAGGAGCUGCAGCAGCUCCAGGGUCACAUGGAGAUCAUUAAAUUAGAAAAUGAACGCCUUCUAGCAGAGCAGCUUGAAACCAUGAAAACCAUGAAACAAAAUGCUCGGACGGCUGCAGAUUACCUCGGCAAGACUGCCACCCAAGCUCGCUCUUCUAUCAAACAGCUGUUGGGAGAAGCAGAGAAUCUGCAUUUAGUGUCACAGCUGCUGCAGUCAAUCGACAAGAUCUCAACGCACACCUCUGACAUCCACUAGUGCAGUGUUUCCCAAACUUUUUUCUGGGGAUGGUUUCUAAUUUUUUUAAUAACAAACCAUCGCGACCAAUAUAAAAAAUAGUACAGCCCCUUUCAAAAACAUGCUUCUUGUUUUAAAUGCUCAUGCCAAACAGGGAGGCGUGUGUUUAAGGGCAGCUAUUUUUAGCAAACAGUCAAUCGAUUCGAACAAUCAACAUUAAGAAAAGAAAAAGUAAACUUUUUUUUUAUCUUACAUUUAUUUUACAUUUAUGUGGAAAGACUGCACUAGUGCCAUCUGGCCAUAUCCACUCAAGCCUUCUCACAUCUACUCGUCUGGUCUGAUCAUCUCUAAUUGUCCUUUUUUCUGUUCCUUGGCUCUAAAAAUAUCAUCAGCUGAGACUAUUUAUUUCUUCUUGAAAGCCAGAUCAUAAUUUGCCUUUUAAACAAUUUGAAAUGCUAAAUAUAAGACAGAGCAUCUAAAUAGCUAGAUAUUUAAUUUUUCUUAUACUGUAUUUUUUUAUUGUCAUGAAUUCUAAAUAGUAUAUCACAGAUAUUGAAUACUGCAGAUAGCAUAAUUAAUGCAAUGACACUUUUAUAUAACAUUGAUCUAAAGGCCUUGGUUAAGCAUUUUCUUGUGAAAUAUUAAUCCCCCCAUGUGCUAUGUUUGAUAACAAUUUCUUUGUGAUAGAAGUUUGUAAUGUAGACGAAGAGGCCAAAUGAACGCAGCUUCUCAGAAGGCCAAGUAAUUUCUGUCAUGCUGUUCAGUUUGCAAAUGGGUUUGAUUCCGUGUGUUUGAGUUGAUGCAUUAUCUGCACCCAGUGUCACGAAAUCUCCCUGGCCAUAGUACUCUACCAUAGCCCUUCAAAGUGAUUGAAGCACUAAAAAGUCAAAGAAUGCGAUGGGGGGGAAAUAUUGACACACUUGAACUUCCAAAACCAGUGCUGGAACCACGCUGUGAUUAUUAGGAUGGCAGGAUGGACUAAAUCAGGCUAAACAAAAGUCAGCACUAUACUAUAUAUUUUACUAUUUAUAUUUGACAACGGGAUAGAGGGAGAUACAACUGUUGAAUAGACCUCUCCUUUUUGUACAAUUAUAGUAUAAGUAUUUUUAUUGAACCCUUAAUAAAUCAGCUCUGGGACUGA